AUGGAAGACGAUGUGACGAUUUUUGGCGAUAUUAUUGAUAAACUUUUCAAUACUUUUAGUGGCGUUGUUGAAAGAGAUGUAAUUGAAGCUGUUGUUAUUAGCUAUAAUGGUGAUCUUAAGCAAUCAGCCAAUGCAAUUAUGAGUUUCAUAGGUGACAAUACUGAAGCAUCGGGGUCACAACAGACAUCACAAUUUCAUGAUGAAUAUACUUCUACUCGUGUUCCUGAGACUUCUAAUAAUAUGAAUACUACGGAACCAAAGAUGUCUUACUCUAGUAUAUCUCAUAAUGUGCAACCCCAUACACAAAAUAUAAAGAAAAUUACACAAAUUGGAAUAAACAUGCAAGAUGUGAGCAAACUAGUGACCCAAUGUAAUAAUGGUUGGAGGGUCUUAGUUUUAUUAAGAGGUCCACCUGGCUGUGGUAAGACGCACCUAGCUCGGGAAAUACUGAAUAUGACUGUUGGUGAUACACACAUAAAAGAGAAACACCUCCUGAGUACUGAUGAAUAUUACAUGUUACGAGGAGUGUAUCGCUUCGACAAGUAUAAGCUACAAGAUGCCCAUUUGUGGAAUCAAUGUAGAGCAUUUAGAGCAAUGACAAGUGGCGUAAGUCCUGUCAUAAUUGACAACACAAACAUUGAGCCGUGGGAAAUGGAGCCCUAUGUAAGGGCUGGAGUUUGCAAUGGUUAUUUUAUACAUGUCAUUUAUCCCAAAACUCAUUGGGCGAGAAAUGCAUAUCAACUCUUUAAAAGAAAUUCUCAUAAUGUACCAAUUCAUACAAUAAAACGAAUGGUGGAUAAUAUGCGGGAAGGUAUAACUGGUGAGGAAAUGAUGAAAGGCUUAGGAAUACAAUAUUCGGCAGAUAUGACGCCGCCAGUUUUUAGGUUAUAUCCGGAGUUGCUACCACCCACAGUAGCAUCUCUUCAAAGAAGUGAAAGUGAAUCUAAUAAUGGCAACCAACAAAACCAAACCCUAAGAAAUGAGGGUUCAAAUAUUACAACCCCAGACCCUGAUUCUCAUUCAAUUGAAAACCGUGUAUUGGAAUCAGAAGAAAAGCUUUCAGAUCCUUUAGAUAUCAACUGUCACAUUGAAGAGACAUCAGAUAACAACAGCUCCAAUCUUAAAACAGAAGCUGCAUCUUCUGAUGUCCUCUCUACAGACUGUGUUGAUAUUGAAAAACGUAUAGAAGAGAUUGAAAAAUUAGAGCAAGAAUGGGAUAAUGGAGAAAACUGGGAUGAAACUAAGAAACUUGCAGUAUUAAAUUCCGAAAAAGCAACAACAUCAAGUCCUGGAAUGGCUGAAUCUUCAACAUCUAAACCUCAGAGAAAAAGGCAAAUAGAGAAAUCACCGAAAGUUGUCUCUGACCAACUUGUAAUCCCUGCAGUACAUUCAAAUGAUUGGAGCAGGUUCCUAACGGUGGACACUGAAACCCCCCCUGAGAUUCUUACAGAGGAUACAUUAGCUCCAGAAAAAACAUCUAGGAGUACGUGUAUCGAAGCCGGGGAUAUGGAUUUCUCUCAAAUUAAAGACCAAUACAAAGUUAUUUUCGGUAAACCGUGGGACAUAAAUGUAUUUACUAUUGAGAAAAAAGAAAAAAUACCUAUAAAACGAAUGCUCGAUAAAGGGACUACCACGAGUAAUGAAAUAAUUUCUAUGGAGCCCUUUAGAUGUCAAAACGCGGAACAGCAUUUCAAAGCUUUCAGAAAGAUGUUUACCAAUAUUCCUUCUACAGAACUAAGGGAUAUUUUUGAAAACUGUUGUGGCGAUGUUAACUGGGCUGUCGAAAUCGUAAUAGAUGGCAUGACCAACAAUCAAUUUUGUUCAAUUCAAGAAGAGGCCUCAUCGGACGAUGAGGAGGAUGCAGAAAACGUCGAGCAGUGCGGGUGCCUCGCCGCAUAUAACAUCAUACCUGAUCAUCGUCCAGUCAUUCAGGAAAACAACCCCAUAGUAACAAAAGUCAGCGCGGAAAGUACGCCAAAAGCGACACCUAAAAGAACACGCAGAGAUGCAGCCGUCUCUGACGCUUCAUUACAAUUGAAGCGUCAAAUUGAAGAAAAUAUAGUAAUUUCUGAAAAUCAUUAUUCCGAGCAUCAUUUAAAGAUGAAGAACGCACGUAAUGGCGAACCAUGCACGAGCUCAACUGCUGAUGGCACUCAAGAGAAUCAACAGAUCCACUCGACUGCCAAUUUGCCGACCACUUCUGGCUUGUCAAAUAAUGCAAGAGACGAGAUAUUGCAUUCGGACACAUCGGACGACGACGACACCGGCUCUUCCACAUCACCGUGUGAUGUCGUGAAAUCUAUUACCAUUAAUGUUGGAAUGGAUUUUAUAAAGCAGUUGGACGGGAUUUUCGGUCGAGAAGGAAUGAAGUACCCUGAAAAUAUUGAGCCAAAAUUAGAGGUGCCAGUGACCAUUUUGAACGAAAUCAAUGCCUUGUGGAUGGAGUCGAUGAUGCAUCAGGUCGAGAAAGAUUCGAAACAAAGCCAAGAAAUGAUCGAGCAGGAUGCAGAUUUCGCCAGGUUACUAGUUGCGAAAGAAGAGGAAAUGCUCCUGAACGGCAAGGAGCCGGAAGUCCCGGAUUUCAAAGAAAUCAUGGACUUGGAUUUCGCUCUUUCGUUGUACCAAAAGGACAUUGCCGAAUGGCGCAACAGAGAGCCACCGGAUUUGGCGGCAAAGAUGACGAGGGAGAAACUAUACAACCUGUUCCCGGACGUGGCUCCCGAUAUUUUGUCGGAGCUCUUGAUGGCGCACGACAACAAUUUUCGAAAUACUGUAGAGGCCCUCUUAAUGUCGACGGGGAGGUCCAACAUUCUAGAAAUGAAGAAUGGUGUCAAUAAGUUCGUAAUGGAAAAAGAGAUGGACAGGAAGAAGCGUUUGGUUGAAGAACAGCGUAAGGCUCUGUCCGAAGUGGAAUGGCCGUUACUUCCGAUGCAACCGAACCUUACGAUGGCAGACGUGGAACGAUUUAGGGAAGAGGCGAAUGGACAUCUGGCAGUAAGAGAAAAGAACUACCGCAAGGCGCAGGAGUACAUCCAGCGCGGGAUGCUGCCCGUGGCCUCUUACUACUCGGAGCUGGGAGCCAUGCACACGGCGCUCCACGAGCAGGCUAACAGCAAGGCCGCCAACUCACUGGUUUACGUGAACGCCCAGCGCUGCAAGAAUAACGCGACCAUCGACCUGCACCACUGCCGCGUCGGCGAGGCCCGUCAGUCCCUGGACCUGUUCUUAGACGUUCAUAUCAGAAAGCUCAAGGAGAUCAACGGCCGCAACGGGGUCACCGCCCACACGCUCUUCUUCCUCACGGGAAGAGGCAAGCACAGCCCCGCGGGGCCCAAGGUCAAGCCGGCCGUCAUGCAGCGCCUCAAGCAGAGGGGCCUCGCGUUUUACGAGUUGAACCUAGGUUUGUUGGCCGCCAAAGUCACCGCUAACCACCCUUUGACGGACGAGAUCACCUCACGGGCUAAACCAACGGAUUGA